AUGUCAAAUGAAACAGCGUCUAUGAGAGAAAUACAACACAACCGACAACUCAUUAUGCAAGCUCUAAAUAAGAACACAACAAACUUUUCAAACUAUUCUAAGAUAUCUGAGUCAUUGAAAGAAGGAAACUUAAAACUGACGAUAAACCCAAUGACAGAUGAGUUUCUGUUUCAAGACAGUAAGAACCAUACUGUUUGUAUAAAUCCAACAAAAAGAACUUUAAACGAGAAACCUAUAGAUGAACUUCUUUUGAAGGCAGAUAUUGACAACAAAGCUGACAAAGAGUAUGUAGAUGCAACAAGAGACUAUAUUCUCGCAUGGACAGAUAGAACAUACCCACAAAAACACCAUACACAUAACAUCUAUGACGUAGAUGAACUACCAGCAAUGUUAGAUGACAAAGCGGAUAAAACAUAUGUUGACAAUAAAAUGUCAAGUGAAGUGACAAGAGCUGACAAAGAAUAUUCUAAAAAGACUCAUACACACGAUUUCUUCGCAACUGUUGGUAUAGAAAAUAUUGCAGGAACGGUUGAAGAACCUGAUGGAACUGGUGGGGAUGUACUACUUUGGAAACCUCCUAACUUUCCACAAGGUUUAACAUCGGAUGAAGACAUAACGACGAUGAAAUACACUAGAUGUAGAAAUGUCUAUGUCAUGGAGGAUGAAAACAAAGUUAAAUUCACUGCUCAAGAUUUAUAUGACAACAAAGCUGACAAAACAUAUGUUAACGUUGAGUUAGAUAAAAAAGCUGACAAAACAUAUGUUAACGAUGAGUUAGUUAAAAAAGCUGACAAAACAGAGCUUCAAACGUUA